AUAAGAAUGACAGCUUUGUGGUUUUCAUUGUUUAAUACGUUGCUGACAACUGUGUGGUACCGCUCAAUGUGGAACAGACGAGCUCUGCUUUGCUUUUCUUCACAAGGUCCACUGAUUGCUCCUACCGCGCUGCGCAGCGGACAACCGUAGAUCUCCACAAUAAGACAGUGUCAUUUUUUCCCGAAAACAGACUCAGCUGCUGCUCAGCAUUCGUUUGUUUCUAGGCGGCACACAGGGGCGAGUGACACCUGUGAUGCCAAGUAUUCUGUCAGAACCGUAGACUUGCCUACGGCAGUAGCUCAAAAGCGCAAUCACAAAACAGAAGGUUUUUUAAUCUUCUCGUCUUAUUGGCUUCCGUCGCAACCUCCUGGAGUUAGACAUAAUGACAAGCAAAGAAGCGCGGUCGGUCAUCGACCUCAACAAGUUCCUUAACCAGCGCGUUCGAGUCAAAUUCAGUGGAGGGCGAGAGAUUACGGGUGUGCUGAAAGGACAUGACGCCGUCUCGAAUCUCGUUCUCGACGAAACUGAAGAAUUCCUGAGAGAUCCUGAGGACCCAUACAAGCUGCUAGAUCAAACCCGAACCCUGGGCUUGAUAGUCGCUCGUGGAACUGCUGUGGUGCUGAUUUCGCCGGUGGACGGCACAGAAGAAAUAGCGAAUCCGUUUGUAGACGCGUCUUCGUAAGCGGGAAACUUUGUUGCGUAAAAUCGUUUUUGUAACAGUGCAAACACCAUCUGCAGUAUGAUCAGUUGAGGGUCGAGACUUCUUCGCACCUGCUUUGUGC